AUGAGUCAGCUCGCGUCGGCUCAUUCUCAGAAUACGAUUGUUAGCAAGAUACUACAGGUAGCCCUUGGACUGUUUGUAACAACAUCUGAUCUACCCCCACUAUCCCCAAAUCACGAGCAAUUAUCUUACGACUGCUCUUUCAACUCGAAUUGCAGAUGGAUAUCCGCAGGAAGUAAUGUAGAUAGAUGGAGAGUUGCACGCGGAGAACCCGAUAGUUUAUUAUGGUUAGCAGCUACUGGAACGAUGCAGAUUCCAAGAGAACCGUAUGCUCUUAUUGAAUCUCGAGGAAACCCUGUUGAUGCUCUAGUAACUGAUGAAAUAAGGUGUCAAAUAGGAUAUGCGGAGUUGUCGUUCACUUAUUGGGUCAUUGGAAAUACUGAUCUAGAAAUAUGUCUAACGGAUUCACAAGGCGAAAAGUUCAAUUGCACUGGAAUGUUGAAUUCGUCGAUUAUGCCUGGAAAAGUGUCACUGAAGAUACCAGAACUUCAGAAACCGUUUAGGAUAAUGAUACAACCUAGUUCCGAUCCCGGAGUAAUAGUGUUGGAUGACAUUCGAUACGAUGCUUCCAUCUGUCAUACCGAUUCAUCGACAGAGUCUAAUGCUCUGAGAGGCCGUCCUGAUUUUAUGACAACAUCCCCACCAAAACGAAUCCGUCCAUGGACUGUGAAGCAGGGAACAUCCAAGAAGCCAAAACCAGUAAAAGAAGUGACUGAAGAGAUCGAGGAAGAGACGACAACAGCCACCACUACUACCACUACACCAGAGCCAACAACAGAACUGACCACUACCACCGAGGAACCCACAACUCCAUCGGGAACAACUACGGAGGUCCCUUUUGAUUUGUUGAUAAUUGGAAAUAGGACACGCCCACUGAAAGAUAGAAGAUCCGGAGAAAUAGUAGAUGACUCAACUCAACUUCUGUGUGAUUUCAAUAAUGAGUUCGCGUGCCGAUGGGGACCAGAAGCAGGACGUUGGGCAAUUAUAGAUAGUGGCGCAAUCCCAUCUCUUGAAGACUCCAUCGCUGAUCCUUCUCUACUUCCAACAUUUCCAGCGGGUUUAGUCCUCCAAGGAACUGCAAUGCUAUCCAGUGACCCCAUACAAUGUCAAACUGGCAACGCGAAAGUUUUAUUCCGCUACUGGUCCAAUGGUGAUAUCCUUCUACAAGUUUGUGCAUUGGGACAUGGUGACAACAAUGAUAUUAUCCAUUGUGUAGAACAGUCUAGAUCCGCAAGACAUGAAAGGAACACUUUGGCAGUUUUUGAGCUGAAUAAGGAUAUUGCUGGAACAUUUACUCUCAAUAUUGUGCCCCAAUGGGAGACGGGACUAAAAAAUCGGUUCUUAGUAAUUGAUGAGAUUGCGUACAUAGGACAAUGUGACAAAUCCAAGCUAUCUGCUACAUCUCAAGCACCACUGAUACUUUCAAGAACUACACCAAGAACGAUUGAACCCAGAGAAUCCACAAUUCUGGGUACGAAACGAAGAAUUCAGACGACACCGACACCAACGACAACAGAAAGAACUACAACAGCGACUGAACCGGAAGAAGUUGAGGAGGAGACUGUAGAUGUAGAAGAAGAAGAAACAACGACAACACCAUAUCCAACUACAACUACCAGCAGUGGUUACACCAAGAAACGAAGAGUUUUCACAACGUUUGCACCUGUCUACCCAGAGGAGGCAUAUACACACCCAACAAAACCAAGAAAAAGCACAUGGACAACAACACCUGAACCUAAACAAGACGACUAUUGUGAUCUUUUGAAUUGCAGUUUUGAUGACACUGCUUGCAACUAUCUUAACCAUGGUCUCACCAAGAAACCAUGGACAUUGAGAAACCGUGGAUAUGGAUACCCACUCACUGGAACUACUGAUAUACGUGCCACCCAAACCAACGGACAAUUUGUGUCGGCUAUACUAGAUGCAGGAGAUAUUGCGAUUCUGGAAUCACCGAAAUUCAAUGCGACCAGAAGUCUCAACGUUCUACUCUUCCAGUAUUUCAGACCAUCUCAAAUGACCACUAUCCGAUUGUGUCUUGGAUCAAGAUACACCAAUCCAAUGCGGACAGUGUCUUCAUUCGUUCAAUGCCCAUCGAUUCUGAGAUCUGUCACAUCGAAAAAUGCAUACCGCUGGAACACCGUACAUAUCCAACUCCCUCCAGGAACUACCCAUUUCUAUCUUGUGGCUCAUAGCAGUGAGAAGUCUGAUAGUCGAGCAGCUAUAGCAAUUGACAACAUGCGUGUCGCCAUUUGUGACACAAGAGGAUUUGCACCGGAUUAUAUCGAUGAGACAACCGAUUUCCAGAGUGUUCUCUCUCUUUAA